CGACGAAUUUCUGGGCGUAGCGCUUGAGGUUCUUCCUCUUGAUGGAGCAGAAGCUGGGCGGGAAGCAGCCCUCGGCCAGCAGGCGGUAAAUGUCCUCGAACUUGCUGCUGGGGACGCACGGCUCGGCCGCCACCACCACCUCCUCCUCGGCCACUUGCAGCGAGGACUCCAUGGCCGCCGCGGGGGCCCGGGCCGGGCGCGUGCCCGACGACCGCCCCGCGCGUGCCCGAGCGCGUGCCCGGCCCAGAGGGACGGACGGAGGAGGGCGGAGCCGCGGCCGCGCGGCGCGGGGAUCGUCUGCAAAGAACCGCGCGGUGCGUGCGCGCCCCGAGGCGCGGCCAACGCCUCGCUACGGGCCGGGAAUACGGGGGUCGGCGGCGUCGCCGUCGAGAUUGCAAAAAGCGGCACGGAGAGGGAGGAGGAGAGGCGUUACGGCCGCCUCCUUUUCCCCGUUUUUCUUCCGGCCCGGAAUUUUCCGACGCUCCCCCGCGCGCUCCGGAAGCGCUGUGGCGGCGCGCGCUCCGCUCCGCUCGGCGGGAAACAUGGCGGCGGGCCGGCCGUUCCGAGCCUGCGCCUGCUUCUUCUCCGCCAACAUCUUCGUCGGGCGCUGCGGGAUGCACGUCUGCUACCGCGACGAGCGGCAGCUCCGGCGGGACUACGGGCGGGCGCUGAGGGAGCGGGGCUGCGGCGGCGAGGAGCAGAUGGCGGCCGUGCUGCGGGAGAUUGAAGCAGAAGUGCAGAGAAGAAAACUCCUGGUUCAUCAGUCAGCAGAGCGCAAAGCCAUCAUCUCUAAGUGUUACAAACCAAAGCACUCAGAAGUGUACACUCUUCAGGAUUCAUUUCUGGCCCCAGGUUUUCUAGAAAUCGUUAGAUACUGCACAUCACCGGAUGCUAAUCUCCAUGGCCUCCUGCGCUACACCGAGUCCUUCUCAGAUAAGCGGAUCUUUCGACUCCCAGUGUUCACAGAGGAGUUCUGCCAAGCCUUUAUUGAGGAGCUGGAGAACUUUGAGCAGUCGGACAUGCCUAAAGGCAGGCCCAACAGCAUGAAUAACUAUGGGGUUUUACUCAACGAGCUAGGGAUGGAUGAAAGUUUCAUCACACCCCUGCGUGAAAAGUAUCUGCGUCCCAUCACAGCCCUGCUUUAUCCUGACUUGGGGGGUGCCUGCCUGGACAGCCAUAAGGCAUUUGUUGUCAAGUACUCGCUGCAUGAAGAUCUGGAUCUGAGCUCUCAUUAUGACAAUGCAGAAGUCACCCUAAACGUUUCUCUGGGAAAAGACUUCACAGAAGGCAAUUUGUAUUUCGGGGAUUUCAGACAGGAUCCUUCCCCUGUGCCAAACUACAUAGAGGUGGAACACGUGGGAACCCAGGGGCUGCUGCACCGAGGAGGGCAGAUCCACGGGGCGCUUCCCAUUGCCUCGGGGGAACGCUGGAACCUCAUCAUUUGGAUGAGAUCAUCAGCCAUCCGCAACCAGCUGUGUCCCAUGUGCAACCAGAAACCCCAACUGGUGGAGGCAGAGGGGUUUGGAGACGGGUUCACAGAAACCUGUGAAGAAGACGUGCCUGAGACCGUGGAUCUCUGCUCGGUGUGGUAGCAGGUGGGGCAUGCCUUCUG